AUGGAGAAAACUUCACCCAAACUCUUCAGUUUAUGGAUUUAUUGUGUGAUUGUAUUCUUAACUGAUGCUGGACUAGGCUCCAACAUCUGUACUUCUCGAGGAGCCAGCACAUGUCAGCAGUGCCUGGCAGUGCAUCCUACCUGUGCCUGGUGUUUUCAAGAGGGUUUUGGACAAGAUGUAGCUGGUUCCUCCCGAUGUGACUUGAAGAAGAACCUCAUAGAGGCAGGAUGCAGAAAAGAAGCUCUGGAGUAUCCCACCAGCAAAAUGCAUGUGACAGAGAACAAAGAUCUCAGUGACAAGGCCUCGGGAUCCACCACCGACAUCACCCAAAUCCAACCUCAAAGCAUGCACAUCUCUCUGAGACCCGAUGAUUCCCAGGUCUUCACACUGAAAGUCCGUCAGGUUGAGGACUACCCUGUGGACUUGUAUUAUCUGAUGGACUUGUCCUAUUCCAUGAAUGACGACCUGUCUCAGCUGCGACGACUGGGGCGAGGCCUGGCUGAAGAGAUGAGUAAAACCACCAGCAAUCUACGCAUGGGCUUUGGGGCUUUUGUGGAUAAACCCGUGUCCCCGUACAUGUACAUCUCACCUCAAGAAGCCGUGUUAAAUCCCUGUUACUCGAUCCCAUACAAAUGCCAGCCUCAGUUUGGCUACAGACACGUUCUGUCUCUGACGGAGGAGGUCAGCCGCUUUACAGAGGAAGUGAAGAAACAGAAGGUGUCUCGGAACAGGGACGCCCCAGAGGGAGGCUUUGACGCCAUUAUACAGGCAGCUGUGUGCAAGGAGAAAAUUGGUUGGAGACCAGGCGCAUCUCACUUACUGGUUUUCACCACAGAUGCCAAGACACACGUGGCACUCGAUGGGCGCCUGGCAGGCAUUGUACGACCCAAUGACGGCCAAUGUUAUGUGGGCACAGAUAAUGUCUACAAUAUGUCUACAACUAUGGACUACCCAUCCCUGGCAUUAAUCACAGAGAAAAUGUCAGAGAACAAUAUAAAUCUCAUCUUUGCUGUGACUAGCCAUGUGGAAUCACUCUAUACGAACUACAGUGAGCUGAUCCCUGGCACUGCAGUGGGCACGCUUUCCGAGGACUCUCAUAACGUCAUCCAGCUGAUUCAAGAUGCAUACGCUAAACUGCGUUCUAAGGUUGAGCUGGAGCUCUUGAAUAUCCCGGAAGAGCUCAGUCUGACAUUUAAUGCCACAUGUCUCAAUGGAGAGGUCAUCCCUGGGCUAAGAUCUUGCUCUGGCCUCAAAAGAGGAGACACCGUGUCUUUCAGUGUAGAAGCCCGGGCCAGGGGCUGUCCUAAAGAGAAGUGCAAGACCUUCACCAUCAAACCGGUGGGCUUCAAAGACACCUUGCAGAUCACAGUCAACUUUGAGUGUGAGUGUACCGGUAAAUGCCAAGCUAAGGCGGAGCCCGACAGUCCCGCCUGUCACCACGGCAACGGCACCUACGAGUGUGGUAUCUGCCUGUGCAACCCGGGACGAUUGGGUCCUAGGUGUGAGUGUGCAGAGGGGGACUACAGCCCCACCGAGCAGGACGCCUGCACCGGGCCAGACAAAGUGGUCUGCAGUGGCCGUGGAGACUGUGUGUGCGGCCAGUGCGUGUGCCACAAUAAUGAUUUCGGCAAGGUGUGGGGGAAGAGGUGUGAGUGUGACGAUUUCACCUGCCUGCGGUACAAAGGAGAGCUCUGCUCAGGUAAGAGAAGUUGUUCCUGUGGGUUUUGCCAGUGUGAUCCAGACUGGAAGGGGGAGAACUGCAACUGUUCUACUCGUACAGACACCUGUAUGUCCAGUUUGGGGCUGUUGUGCAGCGGUCGUGGUCAGUGUGUGUGUGGGAGCUGUGAAUGCACUCAGCCCGGGGCCUACGGCUCCACCUGCGACAAAUGCCCCACCUGCCCUGAUGCCUGUACCUUGAAGAAGGACUGUGUAGAGUGUAAGCACUUCAAGAGAGGGAAACUCUUUGAUGAUGACACCUGUACUCGAAUAUGCAGAGAUGAAAUCAGAUUGGUGGAUGAUUUAGUGUUCCAUAAUAAGAAUGCAGUGAAUUGCACCUAUAAGGAUGAGGACGACUGCGUGCAAAGGUUUCAGUACUAUGAGGACAACAGUGGCAAAUCCAUCUUGUCUCUGGUCAAAGAGCCCGACUGCCCUAAAGGCCCUGAUAUUUUGGUGGUGCUCCUGUCAGUAGCUGGUGCCAUUUUGUUCUUGGGUCUGGCCGCCCUGCUUAUCUGGAAACUGCUUAUCACCAUCCAUGAUCGGCGUGAAUUUGCUAAGUUCGAGGAGGAGCGGGCACGUGCCAAGUGGGAAACGGGCCACAACCCCCUCUACAAAGGUGCCACAUCAACAUUCACAAACAUCACAUACCGAGGCAAGGACUGACCGCAGAGA